AAAUUUCACGAAAGCUGUUAUAAGUGCAUGCCAACCCAACUAUGAGUUAGCUUCUGAGUUCUCACUUCUGAGUGCUGCUUCAAAACUAAUUAAAGGCCAUUCUUUCAAGAAAAUACAAGAUUGCAGUUUGUGGAGGGUCUUGCGAGUAGCGAGUAAUAUGAAAAAUACGUUGUUGUCAAGCUUAGCUUCUAGUUGAAUUGAAGAAUCAUUUUUACCAAAGUUCCAUCACUUGAGUGACAAGAACAUGCUCAAAUUUCCAGAUCACCAGGUUGCUGGCCACAAAGCCCUCAGGGGACAAUUAGGGCCACAGAUAGAUGAAUCAGGCCGCUUUUAUAAGCCUCUCCAGGAGGACGAACGAGGCUCUAGAGAGGCUGCUUUCUAUGAGACUCUCUAUUCGAACCCGAAAAUCAUGAAGCAAAUGCUCCGCUUCUUCCCUGCAUUUUAUGGUACUGAAUUUAUUAAGGCAUCUGAUGGAUCUGGACUACACCCUCAUCUUGUUUUGCAAGAUGCUGUCUCAGAUUAUGUAAAACCAUGCAUCAUGGACAUCAAGAUCGGGUCAAGAACAUGGUAUCCUCAAGCAUCCGAGGACUAUGUCUCAAAGUGCCUCCGGAAAGAUAGAGGAAGUACAAGUGUUACUUUGGGUUUCAGGAUAUCUGGCCUACAGAUCUACCAAGGUGAAGAAUCUGGUUAUUGGAAACCAGACAGGAAACACAUUAAAAAGUUUACAGUAGAUGAUGUCAGAUCAAUUUUGAGGAAGUUCGUUUCUUCGAAUCAGUCAGGCAACUCAGAUUAUGAUCCUGAUUGUGCGCUAGCUUAUGGUGUUUAUGGUGGUUCAUCUGGAAUUUCCUCACAAUUGAAGGAACUAAAGUCAUGGUUUGAGUAUCAAAAAGAUUUUCACUUCUAUUCUUGCUCAAUCCUCUUAAUUUAUGAUGGUGAGUCGGAAACGAAAGGUGGAAAUCCUCAGUCUAGCAUUAAGCUUAUUGAUUUUGCUCAUGUUUUUGAAGGCAAUGGUGUUAUUGAUCAUAACUUCUUGGGUGGUCUUUGCUCUUUAAUCAGUCUUAUUUCAGAGAUACCAGCACCACAGUCCACUAAACCGAAAUGGUAACCAAAAUGGUAUCGUGGCUCAGCUGCCUAAAGGUAUUUGGGUUUUCUCAUGCUGUUCUGACUUUUAUUGAAAAUUUACUUGUAGUUUACAUUUGUAGUGUUGAACGAUCAAGUUGAUAAAUUUCAGAAAACUUACAGCUUGAUGGGAAUAAAACCUAUUGUCAUUUUUGCUC